AUUUUUUAAACUUAAAUUUAUUUUUUUAUUUGUUUAGUAAACAAAACGAACAAAAUUAAUUGAACUUCAAGAAUUUCUAAUUUUCCAAUACAAAAUCUCAACAUACACCGACAUAAUUUUUUAUUAGGUCUUUAAACCAAGCCAUGAAUGUUAAGAACAAUUAUUGUCACUCACAAAACUUCCCGGAAAUUCUACACAAGUAACCGCAUAACAAAUUAUGCAAAAAUGAGUAAAUCUGCAACAAGAAAAAAGCAUUUGACUGUUGCUUAUGAGGAAGAAGAUUCAAAGAAAACAAAAUUCAUUCCAAAGAACUGGCAAAACGUUUUAGACAAUGUAAGACAAAUGAGAAAUGAUAAUGAUGCACCUGUAGAUUCGAUGGGAUGCGAAAAAAUUGCCGAUCAAAGUGCUGAUGAAAAAACAAAACGAUUUCAAAUUCUCAUUGCUUUACUUCUCUCAUCUCAAACAAAAGAUGCCAUAACAUUUGGAGCAUGUGAGAAAUUAAAAACUUUUGGAUUCACGCCAGUUCAUCUUGCAAAAGCGAAUUUAUCAGAAAUGGAAGAUAUAUUAAAGCCUGUAGGAUUUUACAAAACAAAAGCUAAAAAUGUUCAAAAAACGUCUCAAAUAUGUGUUGAUGAAUAUCAAGGCGAUAUUCCUGGUACUCUCGAUGGAUUACUUAAACUUCCUGGUGUUGGUCCAAAGAUGGCUCACAUUUGCAUGAGCGUUGCUUGGAAUAUUGUUAGUGGAAUUGGAGUUGAUAUUCAUGUUCAUCGCAUUGCUAAUCGACUUCAAUGGACUUCAAAACUUACAAAAGAUCCUGAAAAAACCAGAAUGGAGCUUGAAAGUUGGCUUCCAUUUGAGCUUUGGGGUGAAGUUAAUCUUCUUCUCGUUGGAUUUGGACAGACAAUUUGUUUACCAAAAUCGCCAAAAUGUGAUGUCUGCUUAAACAACAAACUUUGCCCUUCAGCAUUUAAAGAAUCCCCAAAAAAGAAAAAAUAAUGAAACAACUUUAAUCUAUUUAAAACCAAAAUUUAUUAUUAUCGAUUUUUUUUCAUGUUAAAACUUAUCAUGAUUGUAAUGGAAGAUUAUCGGAAGAUUAAAAUUAUAAUAAACUGAAAGAAAAAAUAUUUUCUAAAAGAAUAUGUUCUAAUACAGUAAAAAUAAAAUUCUUAAAUAUCUAAAAAGAUUGCAAAUAAAUGAUCAGUUUGAUGAAACAUAAAUAUAAUUUUUUUUAAAAAAAUCACGUUCAAAAUUGAAGAUAAGACGUCAUCAAGUGAUGAUAUAAAAAUUGAAAUCUGUCAAACCUCGUCAGAAGAAAUUUACAAUUGCAAGUGAAAAUCAAUAUCUUAAUGCACACUUUCAUCUUUCUCUAAAUUAAAAGCAUGAAUUAAUGUUAAAUAUUGAAAAGGGAAUGUUACAUAAUUAAAAGGAAGACAUGAAGGAAGAAUUUAUGUUAAAGCUAACUUAAAAUGAACCAAUAAUUUGGCACAAUACAUGAAAUAAUAAAGAAAAGUUUGAACACAAUUUAAGAAAUUUCAAAUCAAAAUGUAGAAUUCGGAAACUUUCACUAAAACUUUUCUUAUUUUAUAGAAAACCUUUUUAAUCUUUAAAUGUAUCAACUUAAAUAAAUUCUAUGAUAUUCUUA